GUGGAGCCUGUGCUUUUUUGCAGGCUGAAUAAAAGAAGCCGGGAAGAAAUCUGCCUUCUCUUUUCCUCUUUCAUCUCGAGUUCAUGUGUCGGCCAGAUCUCACUGCGUUGCCUCGCACAUAUUUUGCAAUAUAAUGUCUGGAACCUGCUCGAGACAUGCCUAAGCGACGCAAUGGGACAAGGCGACGAGAACGAUCGUAUUGUGAUUAACGUGGGAGGUAUCAGACACCAGACCUACCGUAGCACCCUUCGUACAUUACCGGGCACCCGGUUAGCUUGGCUCGCCGAGCCCGAUGCCCACAGUCACUUUGACUACGAUCCCAAGAUUGAGGAAUUUUUCUUUGACCGGCACCCGGGGGUGUUUGCCCACAUUCUCAAUUACUAUAGGACCGGGAAGUUGCACUGUCCUGCAGAUGUUUGCGGCCCGUUGUACGAGGAGGAGUUGGCAUUUUGGGGUAUCGAUGAGACUGACGUGGAACCAUGUUGUUGGAUGACUUAUCGGCAACAUCGAGAGGCCGAGGAGGCAUUGGAUAGUUUUGGGGGUGGGCCCCCCGAGAAUUCAGAGGAGGAUGGGGAUGAGGAAACGCUGGGAAUGAUCAAUAGGUUGGCUCUUGAUGGACCAGAUGCCAAAUCCGGGGGGCAUUGGCGACGUUGGCAGCGGUUGCUUUGGGCACUCUUCGAGGAUCCCUAUUCAUCUAAAUAUGCAAGGUGGAUAGCCUUCGCCUCCCUGUUCUUCAUCCUGGUUUCCAUCACCACCUUCUGCCUGGAGACACACGAGGCCUUCAACCCCAUCAUCAACCGGACGGAAAUUGACCCGCUAGACAACAGCACGCGGGUCUACCAGGAGACUGAGACCGUGGUUUUUCUCACCUAUAUUGAGGGGGUCUGUGUGCUGUGGUUUACAUUUGAGUUCAUAAUGCGAGUGACGUUCUGUCCGAGCAAGCUGGAGUUUUUCCGUAACACCCUCAACAUCAUCGACUUUAUUGCCAUCAUGCCCUUCUACCUGGAGGUGGGGCUGAGUGGGCUCUCUUCCAAGGCAGCUAAGGAUGUACUGGGUUUCCUACGUGUGGUACGCUUUGUCCGGAUCCUCCGGAUCUUUAAGCUGACUAGGCACUUUGUGGGACUGCGUGUCCUGGGUCAUACACUCCGAGCCAGCACCAAUGAGUUCCUGCUCCUCAUCAUCUUCCUCGCCCUGGGUGUGCUCAUCUUCGCCACUAUGAUCUACUAUGCUGAAAGGAUUGGUGCCAAGCCCAAUGAUCCCCGAGCCAGCGAGCACACUCACUUUAAGAACAUUCCUAUUGGAUUCUGGUGGGCGGUGGUGACCAUGACAACCCUUGGCUAUGGAGACAUGUACCCUCAGACAUGGUCUGGCAUGCUGGUGGGAGCGCUGUGUGCUCUGGCUGGUGUGCUGACUAUCGCCAUGCCAGUGCCUGUUAUUGUCAAUAACUUUGGGAUGUAUUACUCCCUGGCGAUGGCCAAGCAGAAGUUACCAAAGAAAAAGAACAAGCAUAUCCCCCGCGCCCCACUUCUGGGCUCCCCCAAUUACUGUAAGUCGGAGGUAACCUCACCUCACCACAGCACGCAGGACGACACAUGGCCCCUGGCCCCACAAGAACCACCAGAAGAGAUCUUAGAAAUAAACAGAGCAGCUCCACAAGCUGUUUUUCAAGAUCCCAAAGUGAACGGGGAAACGUCCAAGGAGUCAGCCAAGAGAGCAGCCAAGGAGUUAACCAAGGAGUUAACCAAGGAGUCAGCCAAGGAGGCAGCCAAGGAGGCAGCCAAGGAGGCAGCCAAGGAGGCAGCCAAGGAGGCAGAAAAAGCAGCGCUGGCCAAUGAAGACUGUCCCCACAUAGACCAGAUCAUGUCACCUGACGACGGCCAGAUCUUAAGCCCUAUUGACCGGUCCGAGCAGCAGCCCUGCUUCCUGCUGGCCAUGGGCGGGCGGCCAGGCCACACGGCGGCCAGAGUCAGGAAGGCAUCCCGCCCAGGCCGGGCCAGGCGAUCACAGAACACAGACCAGUCAGUCUGUGUUAUGAACCAUGGUGUCCCAACCACACUGUGUGUUGGCCACAACGUCCCAUCCCCCGACUGAUAAUGCUCUUAGUCUGUUUGUUGUACAUAGAUGACCAGUGCCAAGGGGGUGCUGACGUGGACAGCUGGGCAUGCUGCCAGCCCCUGCCCAGCCUUAAAUGUCACCCAGAAGAGUUGUGGUUCUCACACCUUUCUCAUUGGCUGCUGUACCUAUGACUGGUUGAUUUCAUGCUGUACACACUUGAGUAAGAAUGAACGUUGUGUGUGUGUCUUUGUGUGUGCGUGUGCGCGUACUUGUGUGCGUGUUUAUUGAAGUUUGUUUGUUUUCUAUAAGUGUUGCAUAUCUGCUUCUCUUCCUUGUGUCUGACUUCAUGUAACUAUGUUGGAGAAAUAAUCAAGUGUCAUGUUGACCCCAGUAACACAGUCAUUUUAUCCCUGAGUUAAAACUUGCCAAAUACUUGUUUUCAGGCUGUUUUUGUCACACCACAUCUGAGUUGCCUUUUUUAGAUAUUUACUAAUUGAGAAAUGUUGAAUGCCAUCACUUUCUACACAUUGAGGUUUGAGUGUAAGAAAAAAUAAAUUCAGCAAAGUGAUCAUGACUACAACAGUGACGUCUGUUUAUGUCAUAAAAUGUCACUUGCCCUAAAUUCAGCUGUAGUUGUGCUUUAAAUUAGUUUGUUAUCCCCAGUUAUACAAAGAAUUGACACAUUUCUUGAUGAAAUAUGUAUUGGCUGUAUGGUACAAAGGUUUUGAUAUGCAUGUACUUAAUGUACAGUAUGUGACCAUGAAACUAACAGAGAUCAAGCACUCAUAUAAGUCAUUGCAAAACUGGUUUUGAUGGGAUAAGAACAAAAUGAUUACCCAUGUUGUAACUACCUAGUAGUUGGUUGGUUUCUGAACUCUCUUUCAACAGUACUGUAUGUGUUACACUAUUUCCACACUGUUUUCACAAGCGUAUGUUUUCACAAGCUUUGGGCCUUGCUUUUCUAGUUAGCUAUAGAAUGUGGACUAAUAUCUCCUUUGCCACCUGGCUUAAUGUGUCAAAGAGCCAGGUUAUUACCUAUAUGUUGCAUGAGCAAGCUGUCGUACUAGAUACCAUCAUUGGCAUUGAGAUGUGUAAGUGAGGGAGGCUGAGGAACAGGUUUCUACUGUUUCCAUGAACUCAGUCUGAAUGCCUAUAUUAUAAAGAAAAAUGCAGUUUUCUGCAAAGUCGUCACAUUUUCCUUUUAACAACUCCCAGGGGGAUUAUUCAACACAUUAUUUCCUACAUGGGAUUUCAAAACACACAAAAGAUACAUUAACCACAUAGUUACUGAAUGGUGAUGGCCUAAUAAUGGAAUAUAUGACUAGUCUAGCAAUACUAAUAACCUCUUCAUUUGGCUCACAAAUGCUCUUAGCAUAAGAUUGCUGCCACAGACAAUAUGUACACUGCCUGUAUAAUAAACCAUUCAACCAGCGCUCCAAACUAGAUAUCAGGUUAAACUAUUGGGUUUAGUAGAUAAGAUCUCUUGCACUGAACAACAGACCAGUGUAUUUCACUAUGUAGAACUUGAAUUGAGAAUAUUUGCUAUUUAAAUGUUGCUAUUUAAUCAGUAAGGGGUUGGGGUGCACAUCUGCAUAAUGUAAAGCGUUUGUAUUUCUAAAGUCCAUUUUUAGACCAGACUACUUAGCUAAGUUAAUAUGGUUAAAAGGAACCAGCCAAGUAAAGGCUUUCCUCCUAUAGUGAAGUAGUCAACGUGGACAUGAGGCUGUAUUUACACACAACGACACUGCCAUACCAAUGCACACUUCUGAUCUACAAACACAAACCUAUCCAAGAGGUGGAGUGAAGCAUGGAACAGUCCAGGCCACAAUUAUGCAACAGGGAGACUCCUCCCUCUUCAAUGGUGCCAUAUUUAAGGGAUCAGUGUGUUUACUAAACGUUUGCUAUGGGAAUUGCAUGUUUUUUCCACAGUUGUUAUUUUUCUUAGCAGCAAACCACAGUACAGUAUAUCAUAUACUCCAACAUCUGGCAAAAUAUAUGUCAAAUUAGGUAUAAAGAUGUUCAGUAGUGAAUGCAACUAACCAACCUUAGUGCUGAGGUUGGUUAUUGUUAGAAGUUAGUGCUUGUAUACGAAGGGGUUUUAAGAUGAUAAAAGAACUGCCUGUGUGAACAUACGAUGUGCAUUGAUCACACAACUCAGUCUAUGUUGGAAGAAUGCCAGUUUGUUUUGAUUUGUCCAGUCCCAUCUGUCGACCAACACAGGUACAUAUUCUUAUGUUGCCUUUCAAGAUAUGUAUUCUAGCUGAGCUCUUCUGGAUGAUCCUUACAAAAAGAACCACAUACAUAAACAAAU